UGGCAGGAGGCAGGAGGCAGGGGCUGCGGCCGGGGGGCGGCCGGCGGGCGGAGGGAGCGGCGGCCGAGGCGGCGGCGGCGGCGGCGGCGGCGACGCUGGCUCUUGUCACCCGGCAGCGGGAGCGCCAGGACCAAGGGUGGGAAUGCAAGAGAAUUUUACACCACGUGGGAAUGGCGGUACAGGACUGUGAUCUGACGUCCUUGAAGGUGCCUCACCAAACUGAUGGUUCCUAGACCUAAAUAAAAAGAGAAUAGAGAAAUGGACGACCCAUCCAGCACCGUGGCAAAUUCAGAUGGCCCCAAAAGAGUGGAGAGGAGUAUGAGAAAAGGUUGUCGAUACGGAUGCUACAGUCUUUACAUCUGUGCGUCAUUGUCUCAGAUUGCAUUACAUUUGAACAUUGCAUUGUUCAAAACCAUUGGGAUCUCCUGUUGUGGCAUAACCUUCAGAGUUUUGUCAGGUUACUUCGAAUAUCUUCAGUGAUGGAAAAUCUUCAUCCUUAACGAUGUAUUUGACUUCUGGAAACAGCCAAGGAUUAUUUGGAACAUGCCUUGAUGGAUAAAACAUGAAGUCCAGACUGGACAGGCUUCGGACACCAUGUUUGCUUCCAUCUCAGUUGGCUUCUCAUCAUGAUCACGAGAUCAAUGCUUCUAUUACAACAGUCACAUGAAAAAAAAUCCAAUGUAAGAAGAGGCAUUGUUCUUCUGCCGAUUGGUAUGGUGGAUUACAUUGAUUGAUUCCUGGAUGUUGAAACACAGCCUUGCAUAGCACUUCAUUAAGGAAAAUAAAAAGUAUUUCAAGCGUAGUGAACUUGCCAAAAAAGAAGAGGAAGCGUAUUUUGAAAGAUGUGGCUACAAGCCUAUAAAUGAGAAGCCAUCGGGAGAGAUACAGCCAAAAGAGGAGAACCAGAAACCAUUAACUUCUUCGAAUCCUGUGUUAGAACUUGAACUUGCAGAGGAAAAGUUACCCAUGACUCUUUCUAGGCAAGAGGUUAUCAGAAGAUUGAGAGAAAGAGGAGAACCAAUCAGACUAUUUGGAGAAACUGAUUAUGAUGCAUUUCAGCGUUUAAGAAAAAUAGAGAUCCUCACACCAGAAGUUAACAAGGGAUUGAGAAAUGAUCUGAAAGCAGCUUUGGAUAAGAUUGACCAGCAAUACCUCAAUGAGCUUGUUGGUGGCCAGGAACCUGGAGAGGAAGACACACAGAAUGACUUGAAAGUUCAUGAAGAAAACACCACAAUCGAGGAGUUAGAGGCAUUGGGAGAGUCUUUAGGAAAAGGGGAUGAUCAUAAAGACAUGGACAUCAUUACCAAAUUCCUUAAGUUUCUCCUUGGUGUUUGGGCUAAAGAACUGAAUGCCAGAGAAGAUUACGUGAAGCGCAGUGUGCAGGGUAAACUGAACAGUGCCACUCAAAAACAGACUGAGUCCUAUCUCAGACCCCUUUUCAGAAAGCUUCGGAAAAGGAAUCUUCCUGCUGAUAUUAAAGAAUCCAUAACAGAUAUUAUUAAGUUCAUGCUGCAGAGAGAAUAUGUAAAGGCUAAUGAUGCUUAUCUUCAGAUGGCCAUUGGAAAUGCCCCUUGGCCCAUAGGGGUCACUAUGGUUGGUAUCCAUGCCAGAACUGGUAGAGAAAAGAUCUUUUCUAAGCACGUUGCACAUGUUUUAAACGAUGAAACACAGCGGAAAUAUAUUCAGGGUUUGAAGAGGUUAAUGACCAUCUGCCAGAAGCACUUCCCUACAGAUCCAUCAAAAUGUGUGGAGUACAAUGCGCUGUGAAACCUGUGUGUGGCGUCUAAGUGACGAGAAACUGAAGUGAACAUGGGACGGACUUCUGAAAUUACCAACAGGAAUGAGGGAAGAAGAAAAAAGGAGUUUCUUGAGUUUGAGUUCUACCUAAUGCAGUCCUCUUGGUUUUAAGAAACAGCGUUGGCUCUCAUAUCACAUCUGGCUGCAAACUGAUUUUUGUGUCAUUUACUUUAAUCAAAAAAUUAAGUUCUAAAGACUUUUCCUCGUAAUUUAAAUGUGUAGACAACUGUCACAGAAGGGGGUUUAAAAUGACUUUUUCCCUCUAAACCUGAGAGUUGGCAGGUGAUUAUAAAGGAACAUUUGAGGAUGGACUUAAUUAUUUCUGUAAAAUAUGGUAAUUUUCACAUUGUCUUUUAUGUAGUAUUUAUAAAAGAUAUUUUUAUAUAUUUCAAUGAAAAUAUGGAACCAUUUAAUGAAACUUUAUAGUCCUUAAAUGUUGCUGAACUUUUGCCAUCUUGCAGUAGAAUUUGAAUGUCAAUGUUAUCACUGUGGAGUGUUGUUUUCUGGCAUUUCAAGGCUUUUGCCUCGUAAAGAGUGUAAAUCUUAGUGUUCGUCAUCACUUGGGACAGAUAGAAUUAAUAGGAAAUAGAAGUUUGAAAAAGAUGGUAUCCCAACAGGAGUUUAAAUUACAUAAACCCAGUGCAUCAAGGUUCAAGGUGGGGAAAUGGAUUGUCAAGCCAGCCCAGGAUGGGGACAUUUUGAUGCCACUGGUUCUUCCCAGAAUAGGCCUGCCUGCCCGUGUUGCCGUCCCCGGGCCCGCAGUGGACUGCGGCUCCCAGCUGCCAGCUGCCCGGCAGAGGAGCGGGAUUCCGGGACCCUUGUUACUGCCCGAGUCCUAGGUCACGGGUCUGAUUUUCCUCAGAUGAGGACUUCUGAAGCUCACGGUGUCCUACCCAGAUCAUGGUGACGAAUGGCUAUGCCCGGGAAGUCGAGAGGACUCCGUUCCCGGAGGAAGGUGGGUGAGCGGAAUACACCUGACUUGGUGGAGUGGCGCCAUCGGACGGCAGCCAGGCGGGGGCUGCCAAGCCACAACUUCCAAGCUGGAGAUUCCAGCGCUCCGCCCCCCGAGCGCGCCACCGUGGGCGAGUAACUUCAUGUUCUCAGCCUCAUUUUCCCUGUCUGCAGUGGUAGUUACUAAGCGUAGUGUGUAUCUUGGCGCGCCGUUGUGUUAAAGUGAAAUAAAAUGCUUAGCGCACUGCCUGGCGAA